AUGAAACCGGACAUUCUAAAUUUACAGCUGAUGGAUUUCGACAUUGUCGUCGGUAUCGAUGGAGUCGGCACAAAAAUCGAAAUUGCCGAUGCGGUUGGGGAUUAUUCCGGUGUGGGAUACGACGUUGUUGGAAUGUGCGUGAAUGACGUGCUGUGCCACUGCGCCGCCCCAAUCGCUUUCCUGGACUACUUUGUGUGCGGGAAGCUCGACCGCAAACGGGCUUCGGAUGUUGUGAAAAGUAUUGCGGAAGCGUGCAUCGAGGCGGAUUGCUCGCUUGUUGGCGGGGAAACUGCUGAAAUGCCCGGCGUCUACCUCCCAAAACAAUGGGAUUUGGCCGGAUGUGCGAUUGCCGUCAGAGAUUCGGAUUGGCCGUAUUUGCCGGAGACUUCAAAAAUCGAACCCGGUGAUGUCGUCUUGGGCCUAAAAUCAAACGGACUGCACUCUAAUGGCUUUUCAUUGGUGCGAAAAAUCCUUAAGGUCAACAAAAUCCGCUACGAUAAUGUGGUACCCUGGGGAAAAGAUACUUUUGGCGGAUUACUGCUAAAACCCACACGAAUCUACGUCCGAUCCGUACUUCCACUGAUGAAAGAAGGCUUGAUUAAAGCUGCCGCUCACAUUACUGGAGGAGGGAUUACAGAAAACGCUACAAGGGUUCUCGAUAAAGACGGAAACGUAGCGCUUGAAAUUGACGCGUCGGCUUGGGAAAAGCAAGAGAUAUUCGAUUGGCUUGGGUCGAUGGGUCCGGUGGAGGCGAAGGAGUUACUACGCACAUUUAAUUGUGGAAUCGGGAUGACACUGGUCGUUUCUAAAAAGAAAGCUGAUGAAGUCCAGCGCCGUCUAGUCAAAAGUGGAGAAUCGGUCUAUCAGAUUGGCAGCGUUAUUGAGAGAGCUUCAGAGGCCCUAAUAACCUACAAAAACCUCGAAAACGCCUUCAAGCUGACGAAAUACGUCCGCGAGACCCGUAGAAUCCGCGUCGGCAUCCUGAUUUCUGGGGCCGGGUCGAAUAUGCAGAGGUUGAUCGAGAGGGCGCAGCGGCCGGGCAGUAACUGUGAGGUGGUCCUUGUCAUCUCCAACAACCCAGACGCUGGAGGGCUGGAAAUUGCUCAGAAAAUGCAGGUCUCCACGGCCGUUGUUCCGCAUACGACAAUUCGAGAAGAAGGGGAUAUGGAAAUGUCGGAGGUCCUCAAACUCCACGGCGUCGAGCUGAUCUGCCUGGCCGGCUAUAUGCGAAUUUUGUCCGGCCAAUUUCAAGUUGUCAAUUUUUGCAUUGUAGGUGGUCACGCCGUUCGGGAUACGAUUGCGGCCGGUGUGAAGGUAGCUGGGUGCACGGCGCACCUUGUGGUGGAGGAAAUCGAUGCCGGCGCGAUCAUUGUACAAUCGGUCGUUACUGUGAAAGCGGGUGAUACGGAAGAAACUUUGCAUGAGAGGAUCAAGGAAAAAGAGCACUCCCUGUUCCCCGAUGCGAUGGAGCUGGUCGCCGAGCAAAUGUUGGAAAGGGCC